GUGUGCAAAGAAAGCGUAUAAGCGAUCGCGAGUCGAGUUCUAUAGCGAAAUCAGACGGUGUGCGUUCCCUGCAAAUUCUGUCCAGUUUCUUCUAGCGCAAUCAUUCCCGUGGGACGAGUAUUUGUUCCGUAGCAAACUAUUCUGCCUGACUAGAUAAAAUGCAGUGCAACGUUCGGCAUUUGGUGAAUAUAGCUGCCAAGGGCAAUGCAGCCGCCAGUCUUCGCAACCACGGAGCCGUCCUGGGUGCUCUCUACGGACGGUUCUACUCGACGACACACGAUGCCGAUCUGGUUGUCAUCGGUUCCGGUCCGGGCGGAUAUGUCGCUUCCAUCAAAGCCGCUCAGCUCGGCAUGAAGACAAUUUGCAUCGAGAAGAACGAUACGCUCGGUGGAACCUGCCUAAAUGUGGGCUGCAUACCGUCGAAAGCGUUACUGAACAACUCGCACUACUACCAUAUGGCCCACUCGGGUGAUCUGGCAUCGCGAGGUGUUCUGGUCGACAACGUGCGACUAGAUCUAGACGCGCUGAUGGACCAGAAGCUGAAGGCUGUCAAGUCGCUUACCAGCGGUAUUGCUCAGUUGUUCAAGAAGAACCAGGUUACCCAUAUCAAUGGAGUCGGCACCAUAACCGGGCCGAACACGGUUGUCGCGAAAAAAGCGGACGGCAGCGAAGAGACUGUCAAUACGAAAAACAUUAUGAUUGCUACCGGUUCGGAGGUAACCCCAUUCCCGGGAAUCGAUGUCGAUGAGGAAACGAUUGUUUCUUCGACGGGUGCUUUGAAACUAAAGGAAGUUCCAAAACGACUCGGUUUGAUUGGAGCCGGUGUUAUCGGUUUGGAGCUCGGAUCCGUUUGGGGUCGCUUGGGAUCCGAUGUAACAGCUAUCGAAUUUCUGACAUCGAUUGGCGGUGCCGGUAUCGAUCAAGAAGUUUCCAAAGGUUUCCAGAAGAUACUGACCAAGCAGGGUUUUAAAUUUAUGUUGGGAACGAAGGUCAUGAGUGCCAGCAAGACCGGAGGGGCCAUUACGGUCAGCGUUGAAAAUGUUAAGGACGGCAAGAAGCAGGAUCUAGAGUUCGAUGUUCUGCUAGUUUCCGUCGGGCGUCGACCGUACACCGUAGAUCUUGGUUUGGAAAAUGUUGGCAUCGUUAAGGAUGAUCGAGGCCGCGUUCCGGUGAAUAGCAUGUUCCAAACGAUUGUGCCUAGCAUCUAUGCCAUUGGUGAUUGCAUUCACGGUCCGAUGUUGGCUCACAAAGCAGAAGACGAGGGCAUAUUGUGCGUUGAAGGUAUGCUCGGAGGACAUGUCCACAUUGAUUACAACUGUGUGCCCAGUGUUGUCUACACUCAUCCCGAAGUUGCUUGGGUUGGUAAAAACGAGGAGGAACUUAAGAACGAGGGCGUCUCGUACAACGUAGGCAAAUUCCCGUUCGCAGCCAACUCUCGUGCCAAGACCAACAAUGAAACCGACGGCUUCGUAAAGGUUCUGGCUGAUAAGCAAACCGAUCGCGUACUAGGUGUACACAUUAUUGGACCGGCUGCCGGUGAACUUAUUAACGAGGCUGCCCUAGCCAUGGAGUAUGGUGCAUCGGCAGAGGACGUCGCACGUGUCUGCCAUGCUCAUCCAACAUGCGCGGAAGCGCUUCGAGAGGCCCACACAGCAGCCUCUUUCGGCAAACCCAUCAACUUCUAAUUUAGUGUGUACUUUAAAACCGAUAAAAUACAUUUACCUAAAACGUGCUGAUAUUUCGUGCUGCAGCGAGUUGUGCUUAAAAAGCACUUCCCAGUGAACGAGGCAAAGCCAACAGCACCAUCAGCAGUGACACGCGAAAGAUCAUGAGUUAAACGAAUAUCAUUUUUCCCGUUUUCAGUCAGAACCGAGUGAGAAGAAGGGAGGUUGGUUCAAAUACAUAGUAAAAAAAACCAGUAAAUAGCGGCACGUCUAACUAUAGUCAGCGAAUUUCCUCCCUGUGGCAGUUAAGAAACAAAUGCAAGCAAUUUUGCUAUUUUGUAUCAAAAAGCGCAUGGAGCCUAUUAAAUUAAUAUUUUAGA